AUGACGAGUGAAUCUGCAAUGGAGGAAGAGUUUAUGGAGGAUGCAAUGCCCAUGGGAACCGUUAUUCCUACUCCCGGGGCUAAUGAAAAGGAGGUUUGUGAUUCUGUGGACGAAAAGACACUAUACAAUGGAAACCAGGAGAUGAUGACGAUAGAUGCGAAAAAGUUUGUGUACAUUCCAGAGACACCAGCAAGUGCUAUCUCUGGGACACCUUCAUCAGACAUGAAAUCUCCGUCUAAUAGGAGUGUCGGCUCAAGCUUGAGCCUUUAUUCAAAUCAGAAGACUAUGGGUGAGUUUGUUUGCCAUUAUUGUGAUGCUGUGUUCCGCAUAAGAGGUUAUUUGACAAGGCACAUUAAGAAACAUGCUAUCCAAAAGGCUUUUCACUGUCCAUUUUACAACGACUCCGCCUCUUCAAAACUAAAAUGUCAUACUACAGGUGGAUUCUCCAGAAGAGAUACUUAUAAGGCACAUUUGAAAAUCAGACACUUCAUGUAUCCCACUGGUGUAAAACCAAGGGAUCGUCAUAAAUCUUCAGGAUACUGCUCCCAAUGUGGUGAAUUUUUCAAGACUACAGAAAGGUGGGUCGAAACUCAUAUCGAAUCUGGAAAUUGUAAAGGUCUGCCGGAAGGGUAUCUGAAGACCUUCGAAUGCGAGAAGAAAUCCGGAGGAAUACGAAUGAUCAAAACUUCCACAGGCCAUUCAAGAUUUAUUUCCACUGCACAGAGUAUGGUCGAUCCGAAAAUUCUACUAAACAAAGAUGCAUUGGAAGCAAUGGCAAUCGUUGCAAAUAACUCAGAGAAAAAGCAUGCUAUGUCAACAAAGUAUGUAAAAAGUCCGUUGUCAAUUGGCUCGUCAAAGAUUAACUGCGUAAAGAAACAGAGCCUAGAUGAAAGAUGGCAUUCAGAGGACAAGGAAAAGAAAGUUGGUGAAGAUUACACCGAUUUCAUAUCGUCAUUAGAACCAAUCUCAGAACACACCGCUGCUUAUUCUUUGAAUGAGUCGAACGAGAAAUCAAGUUUCAAAAACAAUUUGCAAUCAGUGAGGGCAACCGUUGAUAACACAAAAUCUAACGAUCCCCAUAUGAAACAAACUGCCCAAGAGGCAGCUCAAGAGCUGGAUUUCUUGAGAUUCAGUUACUAUGAAAAUCUGAACCCAUUGCAAUCUUCAACAACCGCAAUCAUCAAUAAGGAAAUUGCUGCUCUAUACGACAUAAAGAAUUUCAGCAACGUCCCACUAGAUUUAGAACAAUGCCCAAUAUUCAACAAACUCCCGGACAACAAAGAACCUGGACAGCUAGACCGUUCCACCGACAAACAAACAAUUGAACCAGAUCUUGACUAUUUCUUCGUGGGUUCCUUGGAGUCGAACUCAGUGGCAGAGAAGCAAUUGAAAGAGAACGAAAAAUAUCUGAAUUUCUAUAAUUACAUGUUUGGUUCAGAACUGUAA